AUGACAAAACGAGAAGGAUCAGCACCCGAAGGGUCAGGAUCAGGACUGGAAAACGCGAUCGCGUUCCUCGAGCACCCGUCGAUAAAAAAUUCCAAAUCGUACACCGAGGAGGAAAAGAAACAAUUUUUAAGGAACAAAAACGUGAGCGAAGCGGAGAUUGAAGAAGCGUUUCGGAGAACAGCGUCAUCGAACGAUGACGAUGGUUCGAUGAAACCUAUCGUUUUACCUAAUAAUAAUCCUCCAGUUUUACCGUACGGAAUGAUUCAGAAGCAGAAUUCUUCUUCUUCUUCUUUGCGAUGGACGCAAGUGGUGGCGUACGCCGCAGCGUUGGCGGUGCUCGGAUGGCGGGUGUACCCGAGAGUGAUGAAAAGCUCUUUGUUUACGACGACGGAGAGUAAUAAGAAGAAAGAGGAAGAAGAGGAAAAGAAGAAACAAACGCAAAUGCUGGACGCGAUUUCAAAGUCACUCUCGGAGAAUCUCGCGGACUUGGAGAAGAAAUUACGUGAGCGGCAAGAGACGACGGAGAGCGCGGUGUUGCAGUCGGUGAAAAACGUGGAGGAAAAAAUGAGAGAGGAGUUGCAAAAGGCGAAGAUGACGCAACGGGAAGACGUGAUGGAGGAGAGGGAACGAGCGGAGGAAAAAAUGAGAGAAACGAAGAAGAAAUUGAUGGAGACUGUGGAGGAGGAGAGGAAGGAGGCGAAGAAGGAGAUGGACGCGUUGAGGAGGAGCGUUUUGAGGGAGAUGGAGUUGGCGCGAGAGGAUUUUGCGAAGACGACGAAGAGAGAGGAAGAGGAGGCGUCGUCGCCAAGUCGGAGGUUAGGCGAGAAAGGGUACGUCGCCGAACGCGUGGAGGCGGUAGAGAGUACUAAUAAUUAUCAUCGUUUUAGCAGUGAUAAAAAUAACGAAGAUUUGGAUUUAGAUGAUUAUUUUCAGGCGAAGAAGCGACACCAAAUGGAAUUACUCGGCGGCGGCGACGACGACGACGACAUCAACUCGAUGAAGUCGCAACAACAACAACAACAACAACAACAACGGGCAGCAAACGUUCGUAAAAACAUGGGGAGUAACCAUAAUCAGCAGCAAAGAGUUUUAGAAGAACCGCCGAGACCGAAAAACUUUUUAGAAGUCAUCGAACUCGUGGAGAAAGGCGAACCGGUGCCGGGGAUUAAAGACAUCGACGAUCGUCCGCCGAAUCCGGACGUAGCUUUACCGCCAGUCAGCGAAGAUUUCGAGGAGAGAACGAAGAAACCGUGGUCGAUGAAACCAUCGGACGACGAGAGCUUUGAAGGGCACAGACCGUGGGAUAAAUACGGCAACGGCGCCGCGGCGAGCGGCGAGUAUUCGUUCGACGGAGGAGGAGGAGGAGGAGGAGGGUGGACGCCGCCCUCUGUGCCGCAAAUGUCCGAUUCUGCCAGACAAGCGUACGGGCUAUAG